AUAAAAUAGAGGCGGGACUCCGAAGAGAAUUAUAACUCAGGCGACUAGUGUUACUCAUCUUCUCUCCGAUGGCUCAGAUUCCCAAUUUGGACAAUGCUCCUCUCAAUCUCACACAUCUCAGGGAACAGUCUCAGAAGGAACUCGUGAACAUCCUCAAGAAUAUUCGAGGAAAGAAGUGCUUGGUGGUCGAUCCGAAGCUCAGCGGCUCAAUCUCGUUGAUCAUCCAGACUGCAAUUCUCAAGGAACAAGGGGUUGAACUGCGUCAUCUUUCGGCUGAGACUAUUCAAACCGACUGUUCCAAAGUGGUUUACCUUGUACGCUCGCAGCUCAGUUUGAUGAAAUACAUUAGCUCGCAUAUUCACAAUGAUAUUUCCAAAGGAUUACAGAGAGAAUACUUUCUUUAUUUUGUCCCUCGCCGUUCGGUUGCUUGUGAGAAGAUCCUCGAGGAGGAAACAGUCCACAACUUGUUGACUAUAGGGGAGUACCAGCUAUACACUGUUCCGUUGGACGAGGAUGUUCUGUCAUUUGAACUUGAUCAAUCUAGCAAGGAGAGCCUAGUUGAUGGUGAUACAAGCUCACUUUGGCAUAUUGCAAAAGCCAUUCACAAGCUCGAGUUUUCUUUUGGGGUAAUACCAAAUGUGAGGGCAAAAGGAAAAGCAUCAGUACGUGUUGCUGACAUUCUAAACCGCAUGCAAGCAGAGGAACCGGUUAACUCACCAGAUGUGGUUGUUCCAGAGAUAAAUACACUCAUCCUUUUAGAUCGUGAGGUGGACAUGGUUACUCCCAUGUGUACUCAGUUAACAUACGAGGGGCUUCUGGAUGAGUUUUUGCAUAUCAGUAAUGGUUCUGUAGAGGUUGAUGCAUCCAUGAUGGGUGGCCAACAAGAGGGAAAGAAGAUGAAAGUUCCACUUAAUUCAAGUGACAAGCUGUUUAAAGAGACAAGAGAUCUCAACUUUGAAGUUGUUGUCCAGAUUCUACGUCAAAAAGCAACAUCCAUGAAGCAGGACUACACUGAGGUGACUUCAAAUAGCCAGACAGUUUCUGAAUUGAAGGAUUUUGUCAAAAAGCUGAACUCGUUGCCAGAAAUGACUAGGCACAUAAAUCUUGCUCAGCAUCUGACGACUAUCACAUCAAAGUCCUCUUUCCUUGGACAACUUGACAUGGAACACACAAUUAUUGAGGGUCAGAGUUUUGACAUGUGCUUAGAAUACAUUGAAGAACUGAUCCAUAAGCAGGAGCCCCUUGUAACUGUCCUCCGUCUCCUCAUCUUAUUUUCCAUCACAAAUUCUGGGUUGCCUAAGAAGAAUUUUGACUAUUUGAGGAGGGAACUACUUCAUAGUUAUGGGUUUGAGCACAUGGUUACAUUGAAAAAUCUAGAGAAAGCUGGAUUGUUUAAAAAGCAGGAGACAAAAACCAACUGGCUGACAGUUAAGCGUGCAUUGCAACUCGUUGUUGAAGACACUGACACUGCAAACCCCAAUGACAUCGCCUAUGCCUUUUCUGGAUAUGCGCCUCUUAGCAUUCGCCUCGUCCAGCACGCUGUUAGAUCUGGAUGGCGUCCUAUUGAAGAGAUUCUGAAGCUGUUACCUGGACCACAUUCAGAGACAAAGAGAGGUCGAUUCUCAAGCAGUGCAUCAUUUGACACUUUGCAGGGGGCGGCGAACAAUGUAGACAAGGUAGCUGAUGGGAGGCGCUCCCUUGUGCUUGUCGUCUUCAUCGGAGGUGUAACAUUUGCAGAGAUUUCUGCCCUUCGAUUUCUCAGUUCUCAGGAAGGAAUGGCGUAUGAUUUGAUAGUUGGGACAACAAAAAUAGUCAGUGGCCAUAGCUUGACGGAAACUUUUGUGGGGAAGAUGGAUGACCUGUAAAUUUUUGACAUCUUAUUCUCGUUUUUUUCUGUCUCAUAGAGAUGGAUAUAGAAGCUUGUAGGCGUGAAAUUGAAUCCAUUAUGGAUAAAUGGUAAUGCAAUUUUUGGUGUUCUGAGAUCAAA